GUCUCUUUUGCGGUCCACAUUGACACACCCAACGAAUGGCAACCGAUGGAUGCGGAGUCGAGGUUGACUGGCAGAUUGAAGGAGCUGACUGUGGACGACAUUUUUCAGGCAUUGAGGAGUGCUGAACGAGGAAGACUGCAGCUCAAUGUCAUCCACCUGAAUUCGGCGAUGGGAGCUUUACAAAAGCAGCAGAGGUGGCAAGAAGUUUGCAAUUUGGCGGAAAGGAUGUCCACCUCCUUCUUGAGGAGUGACAUCAUCAGUCACAACGUCCUUCUUCGAGCUGGAACCUGGCGAGACAGCCUCCAACCUAGGAAAUGUGAGGCCACCGAGGUCACCUCCAUCGCCAUGUCGCAGAAGUUGGACUGGCCAAAGGCCUUGCAUGUCUUCUGGUCCAUGGCUUCCCUUCGACUCGAACACAGUGUCGCUUCCUACAACGCGGCUAUUCCAAGCGACUGGAAGCAAUGCGUCACAUUCAUCGACAAAAUGAGGAGCGGCGUGGGCUGCGAUGCAGUGAGCCUCACUCGGGCGGCGGAGACGCUCCGCGAGGGCCAGUGGCCACUAUCGCUUCAUCACCUUUUGGCAUUGCCCAUGGUGAGGCUGCAAGCGGAUGCUGUGAGUUGCAGUGGUGCCAUUCAAAGCUGCAUGGCCAGCGAAAGAUUGGAGGUUGGUCACUGGGCUGGUGCUCUUCAUUUACGAGAGGUGGCAUGGAACCACUACUGCUACAACGCCUUCAUGAAGGGAUGUGAGAGGUGGUGCCUUGUCCUUGGCCUCUUUGGGGAGAUGUUGAACACACUCGUGCAGCCAGAUGUCAUGUCGCAGACGCUCUUGGUCUCUUCCUGGGGCGAGGCGUCAGCCUGGAAGCGGAUUCUGGAUGUGGUUCAGCGUCCGGAGUUGCCACGAAGCCUCUUCACUUACAACACAGUCAUGCAUGCCUUCGUCGAGAAUUCGAUUUGGUCAAUGGCCUUGACGCACUUUGGCCAGUUGUAUUCACGAUCUUUGCAAGCAGAUAAGAUCACGUUCACUAUCGCCCUGAAAGCCCAAUCCUCGCGCUGGCAAAGAGCCGUUGCGCAGCUGGAUGAGGUAGUGUGCUCUACAGGCCUGGACAGCUGCAAUCCAGUCUUGGGCUGUUUUGGAAUGCAGACACUCUGGCCAUUGUCCUUAGAUUUGAUGAGCCUGCUGCUCACAUCUUUGGUGGAGUUGGACACGAUUGCUUUCCUUGCAGUGAACCGUGCGGUGCGGGGAGCACCAUGGCAAACGGCGAUUGGUUGGGAGGCAAAUGGUGAUUAUCAUGGCCAUUCCCGGUGCGUGUCACCAAUCUGGGCAGAAUUUGAAAGUUCUUGGCACGGGGCCUUAAGAACAUUGCAGGUGAUGAGAAUGGAUACACUUGAGGUUGAUGCAGUGGAUCUGAACGUAGUACUCACUGCUUGUGAGAAGAGUGGGGCAUGGCGCCACUCUAUAGCCCUAUAUUCUCUUCAAACACACCAGGGGACCACAACCGACUACGAGCGGGAGAGUGCGUGUUUUUGUGCUCUCCGAGCAGCUCGCAAGUGGCGUGAGACCAUUCUUCAGCUUGAACAGAUGGGCAGAGUUCGCCUCAGUGGGCAGAGAUGGUCGAAUCUGCAGAAUCACCCAGGGCAGUCGGUGGCUUACAACGCAGCUGUUGAUGUGUUUGAUCAAAGUUCUUGCUGGCGAGAAGGUCUGCAGUUCUUGGGAACGGCCAGAGCACAAGAUGUGCUGGUGGAUGCCUUCUUCUUUAGCUCCCUUUUGACAUCGACAGUCAGAUCCAUGGCAUUGGUCACUUUUCUUGCGCUGGUUUCAGAAGUCAAGAGGCUUUCCAGCCUUGAUGCAGUGGCCUCGGCGGCUUCAAUUCAAGGCUUGGUCCAAGCCACAAAUGCACUUGAGACAUGCUGGUGGCUCGACCACUUGCAGCGGCUAGGCUACUGUGCUUCUACACCACCAGAUUGGUCCGGAGAACAGAGCUCUCAAUGGCCUGGUCGGCAUCCUGAGGUCUACACCCCCUUCCGUGAGGGUCGGAUCCGUGCGGAACGCUUGCGCGACCCGCGGAACCGGGGACUUUGUGCCGGCCGCGCUGUGAAGGCAGGUGAUACCAUAUGCAGCGCUCAGCCACCGCUGUCCUUGCUGCAAUACAGUGACUCUCGAAGUCUUUGUGAGGUUUGUGCUCACUGCCGUCGCUUUUGCGGAAGCCUGGCCACUGCCCUUCGGCGAUGUUUGAGAGCUGUCAACGCCGGAGACUUGGAGGACUACUUGGAUGAUCCAAAGCUGAUUGAUCAGUUGGAGCAGGGAGAUUGGCACCUGAGAGGUCGACUUCCCUGCGAGCAUUGCGAUGUGGUCUUUUGCAGUGAAGAGUGUUUCGAAGCUGGACAGCGAGAGGGGUGGCAUCGCGUGCUGUGCACGGAUCUAACGCCUGAAAAGAGAACCGUUUGGAAGUGUUUCCGACAAUAUGCUGGGAAGUAUCAUGAGCAGUUUGUGGCUGCUGCUCAAGUGAUUGCUGAAAUCAUCUCCUUAGUGGAGCACCAUGGGAUUCCUCUUUGGGAGGCAAUGGCCUACUUCAGCCGAUUCAUGAAGAUGUCCUGGCUUAACAUGCAGAGCCUGCCCUCCAUGUCCAUGUGCCAAGCGGGCCCGGUGCGAGGGUCCCUCGCAGCCAUGGCGCAGGGCAAGCGGGAGAAGCGUCAGCAAGUCAUGCUGGCCUCAUUAGAGCUUCUCGUGGCGAUCUUGUGGGAAGAACGAUGGUCUGAACUACUCUCCUUGGAUUACUAUUCCAAUCUAGUGGGCCAGUUCUCCCUCUCCAACGUUUGGGUGCAAAUGGAUCAUCCCUUGAAUGACCGCUUGAGAGAGAUGCAACGCGAUCCUUCCUUCCGGCAUCAUUAUGAUGGCCUAUUGAGAGCGUGUCAAGAGGCCAUGGAGAAGGUGAAGGCACUUGCUGAGGAUUCGGAGCCAGAGAAUCCGGAAGAGACUGGACCUUCAUCUCGAGAAAAGGAUAUGACCUUUUCCCUUCCGCGGUUUGAGGGAAGCGCCUUAUAUCCAUGUGUCGCGCUGUCAAACCACAGCUGCAUCCCCAACUUUACAAUGCGCUAUCACGACGGAUCUUUGGCGGACAUGGUGGCCCUUAGAGAUAUUCAGGAGGGGGACGAGCUCAACCUGGCCUAUGUCUCACCCUCCACACCAUUACCAGAGCGAGUCGCCAGCCUUUGGAAGAACUGGGGCUUUGUUUGCACCUGCCGGAGGUGUCAGGACGAGGUGAUGAUCCGUGCCGUGAAAUCGGAGUCCAAUGAGACGAAAUCGGGGGACGACAUCAGCGCUUCCGACCUACCUCCAGGCAUUCAACUUUCACCUGCAGGGAUUGCAGCUGCUAUGGCUGUGCGCCGGGACAAGGCAUCGUAUAUCCCACCAGAGGACGAUACGGACGACGCCACCUCGUCAGAUGAGAGCACUGAGGAGGACGAGGACGAGGAGGAUGCAGGAGUAGAUCAUGCACGUAAUGCGCCUUUUAGCGGUCCAUUUGGAUCCAGCCAAAUCCCAAAGAGCGUGACCUCCAUCGAAGCCGCCAUGAGGGAGAUGAUUGCAGAUCUCGGGGAGGAUGCAUGA